AUGCCUCAAACAUCACAUCAAUCUCCCGCAUCUUCUUCCUCUUCUUCUCCCCCUUCUCUAGCUCCCAAUAUCGUUGUUGUGGGAGGUGGUGCCAGUGGCCUUUCGGUUCUUCUUCAGCUUAUUGAGCGAGUGAAAGAUGGCAAGCUCCUUCGAGAAGUGGUUGUUCUGGAGAAGAGAGAAAUCCCAGGACCGGGAUUAGCAUACUCAGAUGCCUGUGCUGGUACUAUCCUCAACAUGCAUUCGGAUACAAUGGGGCUAUACUUUGACAAGCCCUACGAUUUCACCCAAUGGCGCACAAACCUGGUAGAUGGCCCAUUUCCUUCUCGCGAGAAGUACGGAGAGUAUCUUCAGGCGACAUGGUUCCAAGCGAUCGAGCAAGCUCGGAGCAUUGGUCUGACAAUUUCCGUUAUCCAUCAAGAAGCCAACGAGAUUGAUCGAAUGAGCGAUGGAACACUCCUUCUGACACUUGAGAGCGGAGAACAACUCAGAUCCCAAUCUGUUAUUUUGGCAUUGGGAAACUUCACCGCUGUCUCCAACACCCAUCUCAUGAACCAACCCGGGUUUUUUUCAAGUCCCUGGCCUCUGUCAAAGUUGGAUUCGAUUCCCCUCGACUCCCCUGUCCUCAUUGUCGGUUCCCGUCUUUCGGCUGUUGACACCGCAACAUACCUUUCAGAUAAUGGUCACCGGGGUCCCAUAACAUUCAUUUCCCGCAGUGGUAGACUUCCCAAAGUCCAGGGUAGCUCGGCUACCUACCCCCGCCGCUAUGCAUUGCAUAACCUCGCGAAAGCAGUUGAAGCCAGCCCCGAAGAAAGCAUGUUUCAAGUGACGAGUGGUCUUAUGAACGAGCUUUCACAAGCCACGGAUGGUGACUGGAGCUGGAUCCUCGACGACAAAUCUCCUGUAAAACAGCUGCAACAGGAUAUCCAAGCUGCACAGGAUGACCAAGUCCAGUGGCAGGCAGUGUUGAGGGGAACAGCGCCUAUCAUCGAGCGAUAUUGGAACUGCCUAUCUUCAAAGAGCCAAGAGCUUUUUAUGAAGCAAUUCUACAGUAUCUGGAUGAGGUUUCGACACGCCAUGCCCGUGCAGAAUGCGCAAAAGAUUCUCAAACUGCUGGAAGGGUCCCAGCUUCGCGUUGUCCAGGGACAAUAUGUGCGCUGGGAUGGCACUUUCAAAGCAGAAACUUCGGCAGGGCUAAUCGAGACCCCAUACCUUAUCGAGGCUACGGGUCAAGAAUGCUGUCUCGACCGUAUUCAUUCCCCAUUGAUUCAGUCAGCCCUGAAAAACAAGCUCCUCAAGCCACAUCCAGGCGGUGGGGUAGACGUCGACUUCGAUACUUUGCGCGCCUCACCGGGACUAUAUGUUAUUGGAUCGCUCACUCGCGGUAGACAUUUCUACGUGAGUGCUAUUGAUCGUAUUGCAGCGCACGCUGCUCGAGUGUCGUAUGCGAUAACACAAGAGCCUUGUGCACGCUCGUUACAUGUGGCUAUAUUCUGCGGAAGUGAUCUUUUCUCCCAUCUCAUGACCAGUAAGCUGGUUGUUCAGCUCCUCGCCGCAGGUCACGUACCUUUUGUCUUCUUGCCCCAUCAUAAGGGCGGCCGCAAAGCCACUCCUUUUGAGCUACGUGAGCUAGCCUUUUUUGAAAGAGAGCUGCUUCAGCAACAUGUCAUUCCGUACUUUACCAAUAAAAAUCCCGAGGGCGCUACGCAUAUGACAGUCCAGCAAAUGCGGAAUGCGUAUGGAAUCCUCGUUGAGGAGGUACCCAAUGUGAACAAGGAUUGUUUCAUCGAAAGCCUGGCCAAACAUCACAUCGACGUGGGGCUGUCAUUGCGAUGCUACCAACGCUUCAAAACAGACAUUAUCCGUUACUUCUCCUAUCCUCGAAGGUUACUCAACCUUCACCCGGGUACACUUCCAGCCUACCGGGGCGUCAUGACGACCGUCCGAGCUAUGAAGAACAAAGAAACACACUUCGGGUAUUCGCUCCAUGACAUCGAUGAGAACUGGGACUCAGGAGAUGUGAUCGAUAUCCGAACACAUCCUAUCGACUAUGACAAGUCAAUGCUGCAUUACAUGGGUGAUGUGUACAGCAUGGGGGUGGAAAUAGCGGCGGAUGCUAUCGAUACACUUGCCAGGGGAAAAGAACUACCCAAAACACCACAGAAGGCUGAGGCGAGUGGAUACUACACCUUUCCGACAAAAGAAGAAUUGGACGAUAUUCGAGACAGUGGAAUUCGUCUGGUGCAUGGGCAAAGUAUUGUCAAUAUUAUUGUUGAGUCUUUUGCAUCGCCUAAGGAGCAGGACAACUUCCGUGCAUAUAUUCUUGGGGCUGUUCAGGAUUGGUAUAAUCGGAAUUUGUCCUAG